UCCGUUUUUGAGUUACUACAUUUCCCAUGAGCACCCGCUCGGUUGAAAACUACACCAGACAACAUGGCGGCGAUCGGAGCCUUCCUGAAGAAUGCCUGGAAUAAGGAGCCGGUUAUCGUCGUCUCCUGUGGCAUUGGACUGUUAGGUGCUGCUCUUCCAUUCAUCAGCCCUUACACAAAGUAUUCUGCGAUGAUCAAUUCAGCUGUGCCAUACACCUACCCAGUCCCUCUACGAGAUGAUGGAAACUUGCCUGAUGUUCCCGCCCAUCCACGUGAACCGAAAGGAAGGAACUUGGACUGGCUUAAAAACCUGUAACUUCACAUUCUCGCAAUCAACGCUCGUGCUGUUCCUCUUGUUCAUAUGUGUCUGCAUAUCUGCUCCACUUGUCCCACAAUAAAGAUGAUCUAUUUAAUUCUA